AUGAAGCUGUCCUCGGAAUAUCUCAGUCUCGCGACUUGGGGUGUUGAGGGUUACGCCAAGGACAAUCCCAUUGGCAUCACCACUGGUGGCAAGGGCGGAAAGACUGUUACUGUCACUACCGCCGAGGAGCUUGUCGCUGCUGUCAAGGGUACCGAGCCCAAGAUCGUGAAGCUCAAGGGCAAGGUUACUCUUCCUUCUCGCCUCAAGGUCGGAUCCAACACUUCUCUUAUUGGUGUUGGAUUGACCGCUCACAUCACCGGUGCCGGUGUCGAUGUUUAUCAUGGGGACAAUGUCAUUCUGCAGAACUUGAAGAUCACCCAUAUUUUGGAUAAUGAUUGCAUCACUAUCCGAAACAGCACUCGCGUCUGGGUUGAUCAUAACGAGUUUGCUUCUGACAUCAACCAAGGCCCUGAUCACUACGCAAGUCUCGAUGGACAAGUCGACAUCAUCCGCGCCUCGGACUGGAUCACAGUUUCAUGGAACUAUUUCCACGACCACUGGAAGUCUUCCCUCGUUGGCAACGACGCUACCUUCCGCGAUCUCGACUUCGGCCACCUCCACGUCACAUAUCAUCACAACUACUGGCGCAACAUGGGAACCCGCGGUCCUGCCGGUCGGUUUGGCCACCAGCAUAUUUACAACAAUCUCUACGAGGACUUCCUGUACCAGGCUAUCCACAGUCGAUCUGAUAACCAGGUUCUUGUUGAGGGCAAUGUAUUUCGGGGCAACACAAGCGAGGCUUUGAGCACCUACGGUCUUGUCAUCCCCAUGGACUCUCCCAACACUUGCACUUGCGGUGACGAGGAGCUUGAUGGCUACGCCAACCUUGGAGCCAAGAACGAUUGGGGCAAGGCUGGAGUUAACAUUACACAGAAGGGCAGCUUUUACAAGGCUGAUUACAAGUACAAGUUGACUCCGCUCAAGCUUGUCCCCACCGUGGCCAAGCUUGGAGCUGGUGUUGGUAGAAUCUGGUAA